UCCAAACCGGGAUCACAUGAAACAAGAGCCCUUUCAGCACCAACAGCAAAUCCUCCAACCUCUGCCAGGUUCUGCCUUUAAUCUGAAGGUCCAGGUCAUUGACAUGCUGAGUCGUCAGUACCUGAGCCAGGCAGUGGUGGAGGUCUACAUCAACUAUACCAGGACCAACACAGCUCUUACUGGGGAGGACGGUGGUGUCUUGCUUCAUGUACCUUACCAAACUGGGCUGCCUGUCACACUUGCAGCCAGCAAGAACGGCUACAUUCACACACUGCUGCCUUGUAAAAUCAGCAGAAUGCCAAUAUUUUCAUCAGUUACUGUGACACUACUUGGUCGGAAUCAAGGGAACAUCUGGCUGUUUGAAGAUUCUUUCCUCAUCACUGGAAAAACAUCUGAUGCUCCAUUCCAGCCCGUUGUCAAGUUCCCCAAAGGCCUGCUGAAUCUGACAGACAGCAGUGAUAUCUCCUCUUUUAAGGCUUACCUGACCAUACCCAAGCUCCCGUCAGAGGAGGAUGGCUUUCUCAACACUGUGGGCGUCAUGAGCAGUAAAUCAGGGUACGUCAGUGUGGAGUUGAGUCCGGUGGCGGCUGUCAGUGUGCAACUCUUCUACCGAGACGUAGAGUUAAAUGUCAGUGGACCCGUACAGAUCAGCCUCACUCUUCCUGACAACUGUGGACUUCAGACUUCAAACAUUGUUCCUGCAUGGUUAUAUAACAGCACCACUGGUGGAUGGAUGAGAAAGGGACUAGGGACGGUGUUGUUGGUUGAUGAAAAGCUCAGAUGGACGUUUACAGCUCCUCACCUUGGCUACUGGAUUGCAGCACCUUUGCCGUCCACCAGAGGUUUCUUUGGACUUGCCAUCCUCAUUGACUUCAUCUCGCGCCACUCAUCUUUCCUGAUGGUGUUCCUUGGAGGAGUGAUUUUUAUUGUCAUCAGUCUUACGGUUGUAUUAUUGCAUUAUUGCAGAAGUACCCCAAGUAAGGCGAAGAUGAUCCUUCCAGUGACAACGAAAGACCAAACCACCUCCACAUGCGACGACAAAGUCUUUGAUGUAUCUUCAGGCGACACCUCUCAUUCACAGGAUGGACUGAAUCAAUCAUUUACAGAACGAGGGGAUAACCAGCACAAUGCCGCUGUUUCCAUAUAUAAUGGCAAUGUAAUUGCCAAUCCCAGUGCUGUGGCCAUUGCGCUUGAGUGUGCCGAGCUGGACCUCAACACUGAUCCUAAUGAUUUCACUACAGAGCAGAUGAGAGUUCCGGUAUCUCUGACAGAUAAUUUGUUUUUUUACAACCAACCUGUUGCCAUUCUUCAUGCCCCAGCAUUCUUUCAUUUGGAAGAGCAACUAGAGCAGCCACAGUGGAGCAAGUCAGCCACUCUGCCUCGAGCAGGGGUUUCAAACAGCGCUGUCACAGAGCCGCAGGGCAAAAACAACUUCACCCAGACUGUGCCCAAAAGUCCUUCUGCCACCCAGAACCAGGCGGUAGAAACUGAAGACCAGCUUGGAGUUUUAGAGGAUUGUCGGGCAUCAACCUCCAACACAUCCAGAAGUCAAUAUGGCCUCCCAGAGUCUGUGUCGGUCCCAGGAACAUUAAAUAAAAUAAGGGGGAACAGACACUCUAUGCAUGCCUUGGCAGAACUUUCUAAAAUCCCCUCACCUCAGCCUCCUCGGGCCUGGUUUGUCUCAUUGGAGGGUAAACCCGCAGCUGAGAUCCAUUACAGUGUGUCAGAGCAGCAGAGGAGACGAAGGCCAGUCGAGAGUCGAGAGACCAGUUUAGAUUCGGGCGUGGAUAUGAGCGAGCUGAACCAGACAUCUGGAAGGAGGGCUGUAACACUGGAGCGCAAUGCUACUUUUAUCAAAAGCAAACAUGCACCUUUGUAGUAAAAACUCUGACAGCCUCCAUGUCCAACAGAAGCUGAUGAAUCACCAGUAUCUGUUCUAUCUGUGACUAAUGACUUAUUCACCUUGUUUCUCAAAUGUUAUUCAUGUUAAAGAUGAGAUUGGUGUACA